ACUAUCAUCAGUCUCGUCAGUCGCAAUCGAGCAUCCGCGCAGGCCACACAAGGCAUGUGAACACAAGUUUGAUGAACUUUAUAUUAUAUUAAUAGUAAUAGACAUCAUGGGAAUCUUAAACGCUGAUGAAGAAGCUAGUGAAGUGAAUACGGAAUUAGUUUUUUAUGUUAAUGGUAAAAAGGUGAUAGAAACAAAACCGGAUCCAGAAUGGACACUAUUGUGGUAUUUACGGAAAAAGUUACGCCUUACUGGGACCAAAUUGGGGUGUGCGGAAGGAGGGUGUGGGGCCUGCACCGUUAUGAUCUCCAAGUAUAAUCGUAAAGAGAAAAAAAUAGUUCACCUUGCGGUCAAUGCUUGUCUAGCUCCAGUAUGCGCAAUGCACGGAUUAGCUGUCACUACCAUAGAAGGCAUAGGUUCCACUAAAACAAAGCUCCAUCCGGUUCAGGAACGACUUGCCAAAGCCCACGGUUCUCAAUGUGGAUUCUGCACUCCAGGCAUAGUUAUGUCCAUGUAUACUUUGCUGAGAAGUUGUAAAAAAGUUAACUUCUCAGAUAUGGAAGUAGCCUUCCAAGGAAAUUUAUGUAGAUGUACAGGUUACAGGGCUAUUAUCGAAGGUUACAAAACCUUUAUCGAAGAUUGGGAAACGAAUCGAAUUGUAAACGAUAAGUCAAAUGGUUCUAGUGGAGGCGCGUGCGGUAUGGGAAAAGAUUGUUGCAAAAACAGUACUGAUAAUAGCGAAACAGAAUUUAUUUUUGAUAAAUCUUCAUUUUUACCUUACGACUCAAGUCAAGAACCUAUAUUCCCCCCUGAAUUAAAGCUUUCGCCCAUUUACGAUGACCAAUAUCUCAUAUAUCAAGGUGCAAAAACAGCAUGGUAUAGACCGACAACACUCGAGUCGAUGUUAAAGCUAAAGAACCAAUAUCCAGAGGCAAAAAUAGUUGUAGGAAACACAGAAGUAGGAGUGGAAGUAAAAUUUAAACAUUGCGUGUAUCCAGUAAUCAUAAUGCCAAAUUUAGUUCCAGAAAUGAAUUCAGUGUUAGAAACGGAUACAGGAUUAGUAGUAGGAGCUGCUGUCACACUUAUGGAAAUAGAAAAUGUUUUCAGAAAAAAUAUAGAACUAUUACCCAAAUAUAAAACGAGGACACUAACAACAAUAAUAGACAUGUUAAAUUGGUUUGCUGGUAAGCAAAUAAGAAAUGUUGCUGCUAUCGGUGGGAAUAUAAUGACUGGCAGUCCUAUAUCAGAUUUAAAUCCAAUAUUAAUGGCUUUAAAAGUAAAGCUCAACCUCCUAAGUGACAAGGAAGGUCAUCGUACUGUUUUAAUGGAUGAAACCUUUUUCACCGGCUAUAGAAAAAAUGUUGUAAGACCGGAUGAAAUUUUACUUUCUAUAGAAAUUCCUUAUUCGAGUAGAUACCAGUACGUGAAGGCAUUAAAACAGGCUAAGAGACGUGAGGACGACAUAUCAAUUGUUACAGCUGCGGUUAACGUUGAAUUUGAAAACGAUACCAAUGUAAUAAACCAAAUCACUAUUGCUUUUGGCGGGAUGGCACCGGUAACGAAGAUAGCUACAAAAACCAGUCAAUCACUCAAAGGAUUAAAAUGGAAUGAAGUAAUGUUGGAUAAAGCUUACACAUAUAUGUUGGAUGAAAUGCCAUUAAAUCCGUCGGUACCUGGCGGGAACGUACUAUUUAGACAAGCAUUAACUAUGAGUUUAUUUCUGAAAGCUUAUUUAGCCAUAGCGAAAGAAAUGUCACAAGAUUACAUUCAUGAAGAUCUUAUUAAACCAUAUCACAGCAGUGGUGCAGAACAGUUCCACGGCAGUGUACCUAAAAGUUCUCAGUACUUUGAACUAGUUGGUGAUAAGCAAAUAAAAAGUGAUGCCGUCGGAAGGCCUGUUCCACACAUGUCGGCGAUAAAACAAGUAACUGGGGAAGCAAUUUACUGUGAUGAUAUACCAACUGCUGAGGGUGAACUAUAUUUAGCAUUUGUUCUAAGUACUAAGGCACAUGCAAAACUAGUAUCUGUAAAUGCAGAAGAAGCAUUAAAACAACCGGGUGUAGUGGCUUUUUUUUCGGCCAAAGACUUGACAGAAGAACAAAAUGCUAUAGGGCCUAUAUUUCACGACGAAGAAUUAUUUGCAAGUACAAAAGUUGUAAGUCAGGGACAAACAAUUGGGGUUAUAAUAGCUCAAGAUCAGCAAACAGCUCAAAGCGCUGCUAGGAAUGUUAAAGUAGAAUAUGUUGAAUUAGAACCAACAAUAAUAACAAUAGAAGACGCUAUUAAAAAUGAAUCAUUUUACAAACAAUUUCCUAAAUCAAUAAAAAGAGGGAAUGUAGAACGCAUGUUUAACGAUUUAAAUAACAUAAUAAUAGAAGGAGAAUGUCGAAUGGGUGGGCAGGAGCACUUUUAUUUAGAAACGCACGCAGCGUUUGCCAUUCCGAAGAAGGAAGACGAUGAGUUAGAGAUAUUCUGUUCUAGCCAACACCCAUCGGAAAUUGUGAAACUAACUAGCCACAUACUUCAUGUACCGAUGAAUAGAAUAGUAGCUCGCGUCAAGCGUUUGGGGGGAGGAUUUGGGGGAAAGGAGUCUAGAGGUAUGUUAGUCGCCUUACCGGUAGCGUUAGCUGCACAUAAACUUCAAAGACCUGUACGUUGCAUGCUCGAUCGUGAUGAAGACAUGCAAAUGUCGGGAACUAGACAUCCUUUUCUACUAAAGUACAAAGCAGCGGUCACCAAAGAAGGAAAAAUAAUGGCGGCGCAAGUUAAUAUUUAUAAUAAUGGAGGAUACUCAAUCGAUCUUUCGGGACCUGUAGUGGAAAGAGCAAUGUUUCAUUACGAAAAUGCUUAUUAUAUUCCUAAUUGUGAAGUUACUGGAUAUGUCUGUAAAACAAAUCUGCCUAGCAAUACAGCUUUUCGCGGAUUUGGUGGCCCACAAGGUAUGUUUGGAGCUGAAAAUAUGAUUGAGGAAAUAGCGUAUAAACUGAAAAAAAGUCCAGAAGAAAUUCGUAGAAUAAAUCUGUAUCAUGAAAAUUCAGUUACUCAUUAUGGACAGGUAUUAGAACAUUGUACAUUGCAAAGAUGUUGGGAUGAAUGUGUAGAAAAAAGUGAUUUAGUACAAAGAAGAAUUAACAUUGAAAACUACAACAAGCAACAUCGUUGGCGUAAGCGAGGAAUUUCUAUAAUUCCAACUAAAUUCGGUAUUGCAUUUACUGAAAAAUUAUUGAAUCAGGCUGGCGCAUUGGUUUUAAUUUAUACGGACGGUUCAGUUCUAUUAUCUCAUGGGGGAACUGAAAUGGGGCAAGGUCUUCAUACGAAGAUGAUUCAAGUAGCCUCUCGGGUUCUUGGUAUAGAUACGUCGAAAAUACAUAUAAGUGAAACAUCGACAGAUAAAGUACCAAACACUUCAGCGACAGCAGCCAGUGCUGGAUCUGAUCUAAAUGGGAUGGCUGUUCUUGAGGCAUGCGAAACUUUGGUGAAGCGUCUUCAGCCAUACAAGGACAAAAAUCCCAACGGGAAAUGGGAAGACUGGGUAUCGGCAGCUUUUGUAGAUCGCGUGAGCCUAUCUGCUACAGGAUUUCAUGCUACACCAGAUAUUGGAUUCGACUUUAAUAAAAACUCAGGGAAACCUUUUAAUUACUUUACCUUCGGGGUAGCAUGCACAGAAGUCGAAAUUGACUGCCUUAGUGGAGACCAUCAGGUUUUAAGAAGUGAUAUUGUUAUGGAUUUAGGGGAGAGUAUUAAUCCAGCUAUUGACAUUGGUCAGAUCGAAGGUGCCUUUAUACAGGGAUAUGGGCUAUUUACAAUGGAAGAGCUAAUUUAUUCUCCUACAGGAACUUUAUACUCUCGUGGCCCAGGAGCGUAUAAGAUUCCAGGAUUCGGUGAUAUUCCUCUUGAAUUUAAUGUAUCUUUACUGAAAGGUGCGCCCAAUCCCAGAGCAGUGUUUUCUUCAAAAGCCGUUGGAGAGCCUCCACUAUUCCUUGCGAGCUCGGCUUUCUUCGCGAUUAAGGAUGCAAUUCGGGCAGCGCGAGCUGAUGCAGGCGUUUCUCUUGAUUUCUGUCUGGAAUCCCCUGCAACAUCUGCGCGUAUACGCAUGGCGUGUGAAGAUCACAUUACUCAAAAGAUUCCCGUUCCGCAGCCAGGCAGCUAUGUUCCAUGGAAUGUUGUUCCUUAAACAAACCUCGGCACGUUAUUUAUAAUAGUCAAAUAAGUAAAAUUGUAUCAUACAAA